CAUCGCGACCUCUGGAAAGGGGGUGUUUGCCAUCAUGAUGUCAACUAUAGCAACUUGAUGUUCUACAGGACCGAGGGCGGCAGAACUAUAGGUAUAUUGAACGAUUUUGACCUCGCCUCGCUAUCUACUUCCGUUUGUCAUGAAAGUAAAGAACGCAUUGGCACGAUUCCGUUCAUGUCGCUUGAUCUUCAUAUGAGACAAACUCUGAGUGGUGAUGUCGAGCAUUUGUAUCGGCAUGAUUUG